CGUCAUCCUUUCGCACCCGCGCUGACACCGACUUGUCGCAAAGCAAGUGGAAUACACCGACGUGCCUUUCCAAGUUACAAUUGCCGCCAGUCAUUCGCCCAAUUUGGAGCAGCAGCUACCGACCUGCGCGUCGCUAAUCGCAUCCCAUUCGACUCCAUUGCGCGCCAAUCAUCGCCAGCGCGAUCGACGACCGCCUCCGCCAGACGACAACCUGUGCCGGUCGGAAACCCACGUACAGGUAUCCCUUCCUGCACAUUUCGCAUUACCUUGCAGUCUGAUGUCAAGGGCGCAACGCGGCACUCGUUUGCUGGGACUGGUGGAAUCGGAUUCGGAGGACGGACUUAGCGGGCCUGCAUCUACUCGCUUCGGCAGCAGCAAAGCGGCAACGAAAACAAAAUUGACAUCGACAAUAACAAAGCCAAAAUCGAUCCUCAAGCAGCCGAGCACGACAGGAGUCAAGACGGGGUCAGCAACUAAACCCACCGCUGCGUCAAAGGCGAAACAAGCGACAGCCCAAACAACAACAGCAGCCCUAGCAACAAGACAAAAAGCCGCCUCGGGCGCAGGCGCAAGCACAAUGGCUCCCGCCAAACGAAAGACCGCUUCCACUCCCUCCGUAGCGAGCAAGCGAACCGCUGCGGCGGCCGCUUCCGCAAACAAAGUCACCAAGGCGUCCGCGCAAAAGACCAAAGCCCUUACAGUCCGACAAAAAGCCGCCCUUGCUCGUGCCGCGCUGGCAGAGAGUUCCGGCAACGCUACCGCGACUCCCUCCACCGUCGGAAGAGCAACUCGCACCAGUGGAAGGGGGAAGCGCGCCGCCGCCACUAUUAUAGAAGAGGAAGAGAUGGAAUCUACCGAGCACACCGGGACGAUUGCGGAGGAGCAAGGGGACGAGGAUACGACCAUGCAUGAUGUUACUGCUCCCGAGGAAGUGGAGGCGCCGCCGAAGGAAACAACGACAAGGGCGGCAAGGGGGAGGCCCAGGAAAACUGCUGCCGCGGCUGUGACGGAGACGCCGAUGUCGGUGACGGCGACCGCGAUAAGGGGCGGAAGGGGGAGGAAGAAGAAGGUGGAGGAAUUGGUGGCAGUGGAAGAGGAUGAGACGUCACAGCAGGAAGAGUUAACGGAGGUGACACAUGAGGAGACUCAAAUUGAGGAGGAAGAAUCGUUACCGAUCCCGGGAGCGUGGCAUAGCGGACCUCCAGCGAGCACAACCAGGAAGUCGUCUUCGUUGGGGCUGGGGUUUAAGACACAUACGGCUGGGGCAAGGACUGACGACCCGGAGCUACGGCGCAAGUUGGGCGAGCUGACGCAGAAGUACGAGGCGUUGGAGCUGAAAUACAGAGAUCUGAGAGAGGUUGCGGUUAAGGAGGCAGAGAGGAACUUUGAUAAAUUGAGGAAGCAAUCCGAGGAGAGGACGGCUGCCUCCGACCAGCUAAUUGCUGCCCUCAAAGCCGAGCUCACCUCCCAAAAGGAAGCCGCCAGAGAGGCCACCCGGCUCCACAAGCAGCUCGAAGCAUCCGAAUCCCAACUGUCAACCCUUGACGCCAAAGUCGCCGAACUCACGAGCUCCCUCACAAAAUCCAAGACAGAAAUUAAUGCCCUCAACAUCAAGCUCACAGCCUCCCGUCAAGCCGAAGCCGCAGCAGUCGCCAAAAUUGGCCAACCUCAAGUGCCUGGAAGCGCCAUGAAGAACAAGCAGAACGGCAACCGCAUGCUCACCAUGGGCAACUCGGAAGCCAUUGCCCAAGCGACUCAGCAGCACCAAUUGAAAGAGGAUCUCUACUCGGAUCUGACCGGGUUAAUCGUCAGAGGGGUCAAGAGGGACCAGCAGACGGGUGAGGAUGUGUAUGAUUGUAUACAGACGGGGAAGAAUGGAACACUCCAUUUCAAACUUGCACACAUCAGCGCCAACUCCCCCCACGUCGACGCGGAUGAGACGACCCAGUACUUCGACGAAGACCAGUUCCACUACAUGCCGCAGCUUGAUGCGAGCAGGGACCGCGCGCUUAUCGAUCUGCUGCCAGAUUAUUUGGUUGAGGAGAUCACUUUCCCCAAGCAGCAUGCGGCAAAGUUUUAUUCAAGAGUCAACAAGGCUUUGACGGAGACGGUACCACAGGCGCAGUAGGUGCCGUAGGGACGGAAGGGACUAAAGGAACUGUAUAGGGUUUAUGAUGAUAGGGAAGAGGGAGGAUUGAUCACUGUAAGGAUGGAAGGUGUUGAUAAUAUAGGUUUGCAUGUCUGGAUACCCCCUUUUUACUUUCUUCUCUUUCAUCUCCAAGUUUCUCUCUUGCCAUGUUGGCUUGGGUGGUUUUACUUGGCAGCUCUGGGUUUGGAAUUUUUCGGAUCGUCCUUCUUGUUGGGAUAUGGAGACAAGCCAUUGCUUUUUGUCGAAGGUAGUUGUUGGUUACCCUUCUUCUGUUUCUGCAGUGUGCUAGCUCUUUGCUGUUGGACUACCUUGUAUCAUUAUAUCAGCUUCCCAAAUGUUGGUCAGCCUCCC